AUGGGCACAAAGAAGGGCUCCCGAAGCUCCUGGGCUCCUUCACAUAGUUCUGAGCAAGCACGGGGGAAGCCAGAGAGUAGAUCUAACCCUAUCUUGCUUUCUCCUCAGGCCUGGACCUGCUGUCAUCUGGCAGAACCCUGCAUGGAAGGUGAAAGAAGCCCAUCUUCCGAAGAGCUGGCCAGAGACUCCCCGUUUUCCUGGGCUCAGCACCCGAGCUCUAGCCUUGCUGACCCUGAGUGGUUUGGGGAUGAGCACAUCCAGGCCAAGAGGGCCAGGGUGGAGACCAUCAUCCAAGGCAUGUGUGUGUCCCCCAACCCCCUGGUGCCGGGCAAUGACCAAACCAGGAACAGUCCUUGUUGUCCAGAGAAAGCUCGAGAGAGGAAGAGGAAGCAGAGCCUCCCUAUCCAGCAAGGCCCCGUGAGGCCAGGCUCUGCCCAGCACCAGGGUACAAGGAUGGGGAAUCCUCGAGUGAGAGAACAGCUUCACUUGCUGAAGCAACAGCUCCGAUAUCUGCAAGAGCACAUCCUGCAGGCUGCCAAGCCCAGGGCCCCAGCUCAGGGCUUAGGAGGCACCUUGGGUGCACAGCAGGAGAAUGGCUGCAGCUCUUGCCCUUGGGCAGCUGGCAGUGACCAGCACCAGGGUUCCAACAGGUACUUCUGUGGAGCAGAGACACACAAGGUAGCUGAAGAUGGCCAGCAGUCUGAGGAGCCCAGGUAUCUUCCUUCCGCAGCUCAGGCUUUGCUGGAGAUCCUGAGGAAGGAAGUGAUCAGGGUGGUAGCCCAGGCUGUGGACACAGUGUUCCAAAAGGUGCUCAUGGAUCUUCCAGAAAGCCGGACCCAGCAGAGCACCAGCAUCCAGGGGCCGGCAGCAGAGAGAAGUGAGCAAAUCCCUUCUGGAGGAGGCAACUAUAAAGAUCCACUUGCUCCAGCAUCUUUGCCCAGAAGGGCCCAGCCACAAGCUGGGAUCCCUUUAGAAAACUCCUCGCUGACUAAGUCUGUAGAUUCCCCUAAAUACCCUAUUUCUCCAGGAAGGGCCCCCAAACCCUAUCAGGGUUCCCCACCCAACUGUCCCUUCACUGUGCCUUCCUGCAUCCAGGAAAAUAAGGCGUAUAACCAGCUACUAGGUUAUGGGCGCAAUGGCCAUUGGAGCCAUGGUCGUCCCCAGGACUCAUCUUCCCAAAGUCUCCCUUCCCCAGAGUCUUCCCUGCAUCCUUGGGUUUUGAACCAGCACCACCUCCCCCUGCCUUUCAUGGCCCAUCUGGAGAGCCGACCCUUUCCUCCCUCCGUGAAGAUGGAGCAGAGUGGCCUGCAAGCUGUGACCGACACACUUCCUUUCUCUUCCAUUCACAUCCAGGAAGGCCUAAACCCUGGUCACUUGAAGAAGGCCAAACUAAUGUUUUUCUACACGCGGUACCCCAGUUCCAACCUCCUGAAAGUUUAUUUCCCUGAUGUUCAGUUCAACCGCUGUAUUACUUCUCAGAUGAUCAAGUGGUUCAGCAACUUUCGUGAGUUUUAUUACAUCCAAACGGAAAAAUUUGCUCGGCAAGCAAUUUCAGAUGGUGUCACAAAUACCAAAAUGCUGGUGGUUCUCCGUGAUUCAGAACUUUUCCGAGCUCUCAAUAUGCACUAUAACAAGGGAAAUGACUUAGAGGUCCCGGACUGCUUCUUGGAAGUCACCAGCUUGACGUUACAGGAGUUCUUCAGGGCUGUCACUGCAGGGAAAGACUCAGAUCCUUCCUGGAAGAAACCCAUUUACAAAAUUAUUUCCAAACUAGACAGUGACAUCCCAGAGAUAUUUAAAUCUCCCAGCUAUCCCCAGGAACGGUUUCAAAAUUAAGAUCAAAGAAAACGCGUGGUCUUAAAUGGCAGUUUAGCUGUAGAAGGAGCACAAGGACCUCCCCCCUCCCCCCCCCCCCCAGUAGGCACCAUUGCCAGUGUGAUCACAGAGUUCCUUUGCCAGAAUCUUCAGGUAUUUACCACUAACUACAGUAUAGCAACUAAAUCACCGGCAUGUUGCUAGGACAUCGAGUUUGGAAUCAGAAGGCUUGACUCUCAACUCCACAGUUGCUGGGUGGGGCCAAGGUGGGACCUUCCUGGUGUCUCUCCAACUGUCAAGUGAGGUUGUAGAGAUUGCAAAAAUAAAAUGUCCUAAAAUCUUCUGUGACAUGGGACACAAAAAUGUCAGCCUCUCUCCUUUCUCCAGCCUUCAGAUACUUAGUUUUUUACAAAUGUCUAUUUUCAUUUCAGUUACCUAUUUAUUGAGAGCUAUUUGUAGAUUUUUUUUACAUAAAUUGCCUUUAUGCUUUCACCCUGAAAAGCAGCUAUUAUCCUCAUUUUUAAAAUGGCCAAAGAGAAGGUUUUU